AUGGAUGGAGAAGAGAAAACCUAUGGUGGCCGUGAAGGCCCUGAUGCCAUGUAUGUCAAAUUGAUAUCUUCAGAUGGUCAUGAAUUUAUUGUAAAAAGAGAACAUGCACUGACAUCAGGAACAAUAAAAGCCAUGUUGAGUGGCCCAGGUCAGUUUGCUGAGAACGAAACUAAUGAAGUCAAUUUUAGAGAGAUCUCUUCACAUGUGCUAUCAAAAGUAUGCAUGUAUUUUACUUACAAGGUUCGCUACACUAACAGCUCCACGGAGAUUCCUGAAUUCCCAAUUGCACCUGAAAUUCCACUGGAACUGCUGAUGGCUGCGAACUUCCUAGAUUGUUAA